AUGGGGAAGAAAGAGAUGACGGGUUUCGCCGUUUCGAUAUUUCGUUUGAUAUCUCGACAACCUCGUAUCAUUAGCCAACAGGAGAAACAAGAGUCUAUAUGCUCCCUCGCCUCUCCUUUCUCCUCCGUUUUCUGCACCCUCCUCCUUCCUCCUCCUCAAUGGCGUCUGCUAUUUCACGCGCCACCACCAAUUUCUCUCGAGAGCUCCCUAGUCCCCUUCUCCUUUUCCCGCGCUUCAUCCAAUCCAUCUUCCAUUCGCUACACGGCUCGUUUCGAUGUCCCUUCCUUAUCCAAAUCUUCCCUCUUCGGUAGGAGAUUUCACGCCCUCAUCCAAGAAGAUGGGAGGAGACUAUCGAGGCAAUCGCGAAUCCUUUCGGCUUCGAACAGAGAGUAUCGGAAGGUGAAAAGACGACCAACGAAGACUCAAGAGAAGCAGUUGGAGCUCAGUGUUAGUAUUUGUAUUGAAGAAGAGUUACCUGAAGAUCCCGAAAUUUUGAGUAUUGCGGAGUUACUUCGUCUUAAUGUGCCAGUGGCAAUGACGUUAGCUUUUAACCGUUUAAAAGAUUCAAAUUACAAAACAAGAGACACUGUUAUACAAGAUUUAGGUGGUUUCAACAGCGUAGAGUUGUCUGUACUCCUUUGCGACGAUGAGUUCAUUCGAAAACUAAAUAAAGAAUGGAGGGAUGAAGACCAUGCCACCGAUGUCCUUUCCAUGUCGGAACAUGUUCCUGAACUUAAGCUGCCUAUUCUUAUGUUGGGUGAUAUUGUUAUUUCUGUUAAGACUGCUGCAAGGCAAGCAGAAGAAAGAGGGCACACACUUAUUGAUGAAAUACGCAUCCUUAUGGUUCACGGGUUGCUGCAUCUGUUGGGUUUUGAUCAUGAGAUCAGCGAAGAUGCUGAAGAAGAAAUGGAGAGGGAGGAGGAAUUUCUUUUGAAGAGUCUUGGAUGGAAGGGAAAGGGAUUAAUACAGAGUGCAUAUGAUGCUGAAACAAAUGUAAAUCUUCAUAUGGAAAAUUUGAAUGAUAAUAUGUCAAAAGACAGGAAGAAAGAAGGCAGUCUUCAAUUCUACAAACCAAAGUUCAAGUACAUCUUCUGUGAUAUGGAUGGUACACUGCUUAACAGCAAAAGUCAGGUUUCAUUGACUAAUGCAAGAGCUUUGAAAGAGGCAUCAUCAAGAGGUGUAAAAAUUGUGAUAGCCACAGGAAAAGCGCGUCCUUCUGCAAUAAGUGUUCUGCAGAUGGUUGAUUUAGCUGGCAAAGAUGGCAUCAUUUCAGAGUACUCUCCUGGGGUUUUCUUACAGGGAUUGCUUGUUUAUGGUAUAAAUGGUCGAGAAAUUUUUAAAAGGAAUUUGGAUCCAAAUGUUUGCAGAGAGGCAGGCCACUACUCUUUGGAGCAUAAGGUUCCUCUCAUUGCAUUUUGUGAGGAUCGCUGUUUAACCCUAUUUGAUCACCCUCUUGUUGACACACUGCAUACUGUAUAUCAUGAGCCAAAGGCAGAGAUCAUGCCAUCAGUUGAGCAUCUGGUAGCUGCUGCUGACGUACAGAAGUUGAUCUUUUUCAACACUGCUGAGGGAAUAGCAACUAAUUUACGUCCAUACUGGUCAGAAACAACAAGAGAUCGUGCUACUGUUAUUCAAGCUGUACCAGACAUGCUUGAAAUCGUUCCCUUUGGGACUUCAAAGGGAAGUGGAGUAAAAAUGCUACUUGAUCAUUUGGGCGUCAAUGCAAAGGAGAUAAUGGCCAUUGGUGACGGGGAAAAUGACGUGGAAAUGCUUGAGUUAGCAUCUCUAGGCGUUGCUCUCAGUAAUGGAUCGGAGAAAACAAAAGCUGUGGCUGAUGUAAUUGGUGCUAGCAAUGAUGAAGAUGGUGUAGCUGAUGCUAUCUACCGGUAUGCAUUCUGAAGACCAACUUCACACUAGAAAAAAAGCAAUAGCCUGAUUGGUUGCAACCUGCAAUUUUUUGCACUUAUUUUUGCUCUUCAUAAGGAACAAUUAGGUCGACGUGACGUAACUAGGCGUGAAUUUGCCCUCUUUGCCUAUUCUUUUCACAAUUUUGGAUAAGCAAUCCCGAUUAUUUGAAGUUCUUGUUUCUUUUGUAUAAGGAAAUAAUGGAAGCUACACGAUUUCUAUGUUAAAGGACACAUGAGUUGGCUAUACCUCAUGCCUAUAAACACAAGGAGAAAAUAUCAUUUAAAUACAUUUAAUAAAGGCAAACUUUGCAAAUAUAUCGUGUGAUUAAGGGCAAAAAUAAAUCUACCCUUUAAAAUUCGCUGUGAGGUAAUUUUGAUAUAAGACCUUAAGAUCUUAAAUGCUGUUAGCUAUUAGCACGAAAUGCUGGCUUGUUCUUCUUCCCCGUUUUUUUUUCUUUUGAUGUUUUUUAAUCCAAUAACAUCAGUUUCGCUCCAAUCCAAAAUUCACUUAUAUCCCCUUGCAUUUGAGUAAAUUUAUAAAGCUUUGCAUUGAAAGUUAAUCUUUAUCAAUUAAAUUCUCAUUCUCAUCUAACACAAAAAUUACCAAAUAUUCACAGUAAAAAUUCUUAUUUGAAAUUUAGACAUAAUCUCAUAAAAAUCCAAAAUAAAGUUAUAUAAAUCUAAAAUUAUUAACAAGAUUGAUGAGGCCUUCGCUCUAACUCAAAAUGUUCUAUUUGUUUAUGGAUUCCCAGUCAAAAAAUUUGUGAACUUAGCUCCAUUUUCCUUUUAGCUUUGGCCUCUUGAAUCUAUGUACGGACUUGUGGUACUUAUCUAAUAGACUGAAAGCUUUGCUUUGUUCUGGGUUUCAUAUUUCUUAUUUGAGUUUGUUAACUUGACAAUCGCGCAAAAGAAAAGAGAAAUUAAUGAUAAUUUGAGUAAGCUCAGAGAGAGACAAGGGUGAUUUGGGAAAAAUAAUAAGAAAAAGGGAGAAGUCAACACCCCUUCAACCAUGGCAGCAAAAUUGUAGCGAAAGGAGAUGUGGCCGGAGAAAAAAUAAUAAUAAUAAGAGAGAAGUGAAGGAGGAAAAUGCUAAAGAAGGAAAUGGCUAUAGGACUUUGGAUGUCGAAGAAGAAAUAAUAAAUUGGUGAAAGAGAGUUUGAGUUGCUGGAAAAUGCAUGGAAGAAGAAAGAAAAAUAAAAAAAAAAUAAAUGAAAGAGAAAAACAAAUUUAAGUAUCGGUGUUAGAUUUGGUGUUAGUUUUGAACUAAUGGAAGU